CCGAGCCGAGCCGAGCCGAGCCGAGCCGAGCCGCGGGCCCCGCGGGGGGGCGGCUCCGAGCGGCGGCAGGGCUGCGCAGCACUGGCAUCCCAGACGUCACCCAGCAGAUAGCGGGGUCGGGUCGCUGGCCGUCGGGAAGCAAGAGCUUGGACUACCAACUCUGAGCUGUAGACUAUUAAGCUCAGCAUCCUAAUUUGGUGCCACCUUUGGGAGGAUGAAUCAGGAGAGCGACUCAAAUGAUGAGCCUGCUGGCCAGGACCCACUCCUACUGCUGAAAACCCUCCAGCUUCUCUGGACAAAGAAAGAGAUGAAGAAGCUCAAGGAAGAAAUCAGGCGGGGCUUUGCAGGACUGGAGGACCCAUUGGCAGGACUCCUGGACAUACUGGAGAGCAGCAGCGAUUGGAAGGGGAAAGGGCAUUCCCUUGGGUAUUACAUCACCAGUGAGUUGCAGCUUUGGAUGAAAGAGCAUCCUGCUGUUCAACAGUCUGGCAUGAAGCUGAAGAAGCUGCAGACCCGUGUACUCAGAAUACUAGCCCAGUGCCCAGCUAAUCUUCUUGACCCUCUGAUUAGCAUUUACCAGCUCCAUACAGCAGACCGGAACUAUUUGCUUGGACAUGUCAGUCAUCUUUAUCACAGUGGCAAUUACAAAGAGGCAGCCAUACUGAGUAUUAAGCUAAAAUUACAGCCAGAUCAAGAUGUGGAGAAGAUGUGUAUGCCACUACUGUUUCAAGAUAAAAUUAACUUGAUGGAAGAUUAUGUGGGAGAGUAUCCUGAGCUCCAGUGCAAGCUCUUACAGAUCCUGGACACCUGGUGUGAACCUGGUUUUAAUAUCAGAGACAUUGCAAGACAAUAUCAAGGUCUGUCCAGGUACAAACCAGACAAAUUGAACCGCAAAAUGAUAAGCAAGCUGGUCUUCAGGCUCCUAGACCGAUUUAACGUAGAUCCAGCUCUCUGCCCUAAUGUCAUAAAUCAGCGGCACUUAAGAACUCUGCAUUAUCUUUACAAGAGGUUUGUUGAGAAAACCAUGACUCAGGAGAAUUGGACAGAUCAUGUUCAGAGCACAGUUGGAGAGAAUCAAUGGCUUCAAGGGCACCUGAUACAGUUGCUAAUCAGUUACUGUGAUUUGAACACAGCAGCAAGAUGGGCACAACGCUGCAAUUUGCCCAAGGAGAUACUACCUAAUGGAGUGGCUGAUGAGCUUCAAAAGCUUAAGAUCCAAGAGAGUGUAGAAGAGGCCACAAAAGCAGAGAAUUAUGAAGAGGUCAACAAGAAGGAUUAUUACCAGCUUCCUAUUCCACGUGCAAAUAUUCAUUUCCUGCAAAAGUGGGAAGAGAUGCUGCAGUGCUGGGAAAAGGUGCUGCAGCCUGGACAGAUUGUUGCUAUUGACAUGGAGUGGAGGCCUUCAUUCGGCAUGGUUGGGAAGCCCCGCGUCUCCCUCCUUCAGAUCGCUGUGAAGGAUGAGGUGUUCCUGCUUGAUUUGCCACAGCUCCUUGAACAUGCUGAGAUGGAGGGUGAGAAGGAGAAGCUUCCCCAUUUCAUCCAGAUGCUCUACUCAGAUGCAGCCAUCACUAAACUAGGUUAUGGGAUGUCUGGAGACCUUAGCAGUCUUGCAGCCACAUGCUUUGCUUUGAAAGGCAUGGAUAAGCAAUCACAAGGUGUAGUGGACCUACUCACAGUAGACAAACAACUUCAGAAGAGCUCCAUUGACUGGAAGAAGGGCAGCCGGAAGGCUGAUAUACUGUCCCCAGAGCAGAGCUAUGAGGAUAAAGGGAUCAGGCAGCCAGAGAAAGGGCUCAGCCUCUUGGUACAACACGUACUGGGGAAGCCUCUAGAUAAAACAGAGCAGCUGUCUAACUGGGAGAAACGGCCGCUGCGGGAGGAACAGAUCAUAUAUGCAGCUUCAGAUGCAUACUGCUUGCUGGAGAUCUACGAGAAACUGUGUAAGGAUCCAGCAAGCUUUGGUCUGAGUUCAGACCUGACUAAAAGUCUGGUGGGAAAACCAAGUGUAAAAGCCAGGGCAAAGAAGCAGCUGAGUAAACAAGAGGUACCGUCACCUUGUAGACAGCAAUGCAAAGGAUCUGACAAGGAGACCUCACGUCCCCCUGCUCCCAUUUCCCCCAAAGAGUUCAGUGUGGUCUGUGAUAACAUGCUGCAAGGCCUCGGACGCUAUCUUCGCUGCCUUGGUGUAGAUGUCCGGAUGCUGGAGAAUGAGGAUGACCAUAGGAAAGCUGCUGAGAUUGCCCGACAGGAAGGAAGGGUCAUUUUAACCUCUGGACUACCAUAUCAGACUCUGCAGUCCCAGGUAGGAGAAGGAAGGUGCUUCUCCGUGAACUGCUCAGAAAAGGCAAAGGAGCAGGCCCUGCAGGUUUUGAGGCACUUCAACGUUCACAUAACCCUGGAGGACAUCUUCAGCCGCUGCCAGGUGUGCAACUGCAACAAGUACCUGAAGGUCCCAAAGGAGAGGAUGAGGCAGCUGGUGGAGGGCAGCAAGCGCUCAGCGGAGGACGGCGGCACAAGCUGCUCCACACCGUGCGAGGAGAAGUCCAGCCGGACCUGUGAUGCUGCCCAGCCCACUGAGACCGCACAGGGCGAGUGGCUAGAAGGGACAGAUCCAUGUGGGGCAGCUGUGGGGCUGGAGGAGGGCACGACCCUGCAGGUCGCUGCCAUCCCCCCUGGGGUGCUGGACAAAGCUGAGCUCACUGACUUCUACUGCUGCACCCGCUGUGGGAAGGUGUUCUGGGAAGGGUCCCAUUUUGGACGUGUUGUCUCACAGUUUAAGGAUGUUCUUGUUACCACGGGGGAUGAGCAGAGCAUCUACACGCUGAGCUGAGGGGGACAUGGGGCACAGGACAGCUUGGCAGUGGAACAGGGACCGUGGGGAUACACUCCCUAGAUACCCUGAGCAGGUUUGCAUGGAGUGGGCUUUGGUUUGGGGGGGUGAGGCUGGAAGGUGGGCUCACGUUUUGGGGUCCACGGUGGAGGGGGCUGUCAUAUUUGCAGUGACGGAGUGAUGGUUUUGAUGGUUUGCAACAUGGACUCCAUGACAGCAUUAAAUCAGAAGCAUCUGGGGAAGGGA